AUGUACAUGCGACUUUCUCCAGCUCUCGAGUGUUUUUCAGUGUUUUCUUUCCCCCUUCUGACGCUAAUCAGGAUGGCAGCUUCUCGAGUCUGGAGUAAACUCUCACUAUCAUCGAUAAUCCUGCCCUCCAAUCCAGCAGUGCACUCCUUUCUAUAUCCUCUAGGUCGUCCCCUCUUUUUCCUCGAAGCCGUAGUGCUUUUCGACCGCCUUGCUGCGUGUGUAGACUCCAAGAUGACCCCAAUUCUCGAGCUCCCGUCGGAAAUCCUCAACGAGAUUUUCAAUCAUUUUCUUCCCAUCCUGACAGAUGGAGACUAUAAGAGGCAUGCUGAAUCUGUAAUCGAGGAGCCUGCCGAUAAAUCGUCGUUGCUGAGCGCGGCGCUCACCUGCAAGGCGUUUCUUGAGCCUGCACUGGAUAGGCUGUGGUGGGACAUGGACGAUCUGACUCCCCUCUUCGACCUCAUUCCUGGGUUCCAGCCAUCAACUGACGCUAGUACGCUUGGGAAAAUCCACGGACCGAUCGCACACGAGGUUGUGCAGCGGCUAGAGGUGUUUUGCAAACGGAUCCAGAUCUAUCACGAAUGUGGCAAGGAAAGUAUCGAUAUAUCUGCGUACGAGCGCGUUCUGCAAGAAUACAACCAGGAAACCCUUCUUCCGUCCUUAAGAAUUCUCUCGAUAACGAACAGUAUACCACAGCUUCCCCUCCUUCUCGCACACCCCGCAGAACUUCGAACUCUCCGUAUCUUGCAGAAUAAAACCCCAAACAGUGACGACUACGUUCACACAUCCAUGAAGCAACUGCCGCAGCAAGUCAAGACCAUUACCCAUCUGCGACUCGAAACCUUUUUAACGAAGGAACUGCUUGUAUCCGUUCUGAGGCUGCAGGGCCUGCAAUGGCUCCAUCUGCGACACACCAAUGACGACACCCCGUUCCAAACUGACGUCGAUACCCUGCUGGACAUAUGCUCGAUGCUACAUCUUCGACGCCUCUAUUUUGAUGGAGACAUCCACCUUGCCUCAGGCGAAUCAUCAUCCAGACCAAAAACCAUCUGCCCAACUCUGAAUGACCUCCAUUUCUCCCCCAGGCCAAGGAUUCCGUUCAAGCGCCUCCUCCAUUUUCUCUCAUCGGCGAGUUUUCCACAGUUGAAUUACCUGUCCAUAAAUACAGAAUGCGAGCCGGACGACGUCCCGCAUUGGAACUAUCUCUUCCGGACGCUCGUCGAGAACACAUCACCCGAGUUCGAGUUCCUGGACAUUCACGACAUGAGCAGCAUAACAUGGCAAAACCACAACCUAACGCUGCGCAAUGUUCCGGACCUGUUCAAGCUCAAGCUUGUUGGGUUCGAGUCUCCGCGGUCGGUCUUCUCCAUUAAAGACGCAGAUAUUUCCGCUCUCGCAUCUGCGUGGCCGAACAUGCGGUCUCUUUCUCUGUCCACCUGCCCACCGACAUCAUUUACAUUCCAGACGAUCAUCGAACUCGCUGAAGCUUUCCCCAACCUCGGGCUGCUCGCCCUUGGCGAAGUCAACCUCAACAUCCUUCCCCCCCUCAAUUCCGUCCCGAUCCUGAAGGACCACGACCUGAUCCAACUUUUGAUCGACCCUGGAGAAUGGGAGAUCAAGGACUUGAAGGCUCUUGCUGGAUCCUUAGAUAGGUUGCUCCCGUAUCUGCAUAAUUUCGGUUUCAUGGGCCCUAGGGAUCUUGACGACCCCGAACAAGAGGUGGUGUCGUCCUUGCGCGAGAUGCAAAAGGCUCGUCGCGAUGAGCUCUCCAGAUAG